UGAGGGGACAGCUCCCUGAGGGGGAUGGUGGGAAUGGCGCUUCCAAGGAUUCCCUGGAAUUUUCCCGCUCUCUGCUGGCUCCUGGCUGUGCCCAUUCCCGGUUCCCUGGGCUUGGAAUGUCAGCAGCACCAAUACAGCUUCCGUGACAAAUGCUGCAGCGACUGCGCCCCAGGGGAGAGGAUGCGGAGCCGCUGCACGGCCUCGGCCGACACCGUGUGCUCGCCAUGCCAGGAUGGAUAUUUCAGCUCCCAGCACCACCACGGCUUCUGCAAAAGCUGCACCAUCUGCAACACCCGGAAGGGCAGCGUGGAGGUGAAGCCGUGCGAGAAAACCUCGGACAGGGCCUGUGCGUGCCAGGCGGGAUUCCAGCCUGCCGGGGGCGUUCCUGUGGGAAGGGAGUGCUCCCGAUGUCCUGAAGGGACUUUCUCCAGAGGAGGGAAUAAGAACUGCCAGCCUUGGACCAACUGCAGCAGUCUGGGGAAGAGCACGCUCCGGGCUGGCACGGGCACAGAGGAUGCCCAGUGCAGCAGCCCUGGCAGUGCCAGCAGCCCUGGCCCACAUGCCUCUCCCACGGAAUUCCCGGAACGCAGGGACCCCUUUCCCACGGAAUUCCCGGAAGAUGCUGACUCCUUUCCCACGGAAUUCCCCGAGAACAGCUCCAGGGCAUCCAGCCCCAGGGAGAUCCCUGUGGUGUGUCGGGAUCCCGGCGUUCCCACGGAGCCUGGAUGGGGCUCUUUAUCCCUGCUCCUGCUGUGCCUGCUCCUGCUGAUGGUGAGUGGAAUUUCCAUCCUGCUCCUGAUCAUCCAGGCAGCCCAGAAAAAAAACAGGAAUGGGCCUGGGAGGAGCACCCAGCACAAGGAGAAGAGCUGCAGGAUUCCCAUCCAGGAGGAGCAGAUCGAUUCCAACUCCAGCCUCAUCAAAAACUGACUCCCACCCUG